AUGUCAUACUCCACCGGCUUUCCACAGGGUCCUGCGGCAGGUUAUCCUGAGCCUCAAGGAUACCCUGCACCCCAGGGCUCUUUCCCACCGCCCGGAGCUCUAACCCCUGAUCCUCCUCAGGGUGCUUCCAGUAGUGUCAAUAUUACGGGCUCAUACGAAGGCAUCCAAUUCAAAAUUGGCCAUAGAGAUAGCAACGCUGUUCUUUAUUGCAGACUGCAGCCUGGAUAUGAGCUUCUUUCCAGGCCAGGCUCGAUGGUGGCGAUGGACGCUAGUGUACAGAUUCAAGGCAAAGUCAAUUUCAGCUUCAAAAAAAUGUUGACAGGGGGAGAUUUGGCUUUCUCGCACUUGUUUGGACAAGGAGAAGUCCUCCUUGCUCCAGAGACGUGGGGCGACAUCGCCGCAAUACGCUUGGACGGUAGCGUCCCUUGGUUCUUCGGAAAGCAUGCCUAUCUGGCGUCAACUCGUGAGAUCGUGAUGAAUACCAAGUCACAAGGCUUGGGUAAAGCGUUUUUCUCUGGUCACGGUCUUUUCACUGUUCAAGCGACUGGGGUGGGCAUGUUGUUUGUCCACAGCGUAGGUGCUAUCAUUACUCGCAACCUUCAACCUGGGGAGUCGUGGGUCGUGAACAACGAUCAUCUUGUCGCUUGGAACUGCCAGUACCAUGUGGAGAAGAUCCAGGCUGGCGGGCUAUUGUCUACUUUGAAAACAGACGAAGGUCUCGUAUGCCGGUUCCAAGGACCUGGCACUGUGUACAUCAUGUCGAGGAACCCUGAGCAGUUGAUUCACUGGAUCGCAGAGAAGCUGCCAAGUCGCGAUUGA